UUCAUAACAAACCCACGUGCAAGUUGUGUGGAUGGAUGUCCAUGUCAUCAGAUUCCUCUCCUCAUUUCUGAAUACAAACACUAACAAAAGAUGAUAGUUGUUCAUGCAGGUGCUGGUUAUCAUUCUGGGGCCAAGGCAGAUGUCUACAAGAAAACCUGUGAUGAAGCGUGCCAGAAGGCUGUUAGUUUACUGAGAAAUGGAAAUUCAUCAGUGGAGGCUGUACAGGCUGCCAUAACAGUAUUGGAGGAUGCAGACUGUACAAAUGCCGGUUAUGGCUCAAAUUUGACACUUGAUGGGAAAGUGGAAUGUGAUGCAAGUAUCAUGGAUGGUACAACCUGUCAUUAUGGAGCUGUGGGAGCUCUUCCAGCCAACAUCAGAAACCCCAUAACUGCUGCCUACCGAUUACUCCAAGCACAAGUUGGUGGAAAACUCUCCCUUGGUCGAGUCCCUCCAUGUACCCUGGUUGGUGAUGGUGCUCGCCAGUGGUGUAUCAAUGAAGACUUUGCUGUCUGUGAGCCUGAUUCAAUGGUGAGCGAAUCUUCCCAUAGAGCUUAUGUCAAGCACCGGAGAAAACUAUUGCUACACACCUCUAAAAUGUCUAAUAGUGCUGCCACGGAAAGAAAGAUCAGGAAACCGGAAAACCUUUGCUGCUUGGAUGAUUCUGACGAUGAGAGUGAUAUCCAAGAUACAGUCGGUGCUGUUUGUGUUGACGUGAAUGGUAACAUUGCUGCUGGCGUGUCCAGUGGUGGCAUAAUGCUGAAGCACCCGGGGAGGAUCGGACAGGCUGCGAUGUAUGGCUGUGGAUGUUGGGCUCUGAAAAGGAACGAAACGUUGCCGGCUGUUGGCGUCAGCACCUCUGGUUGUGGAGAGCACUUAAUUAAGACCAUGUUCGCCAAGGAGUGUGGGGAGGCCAUGAGGUUUGCUGCCAGUGCCAGCUUUGGUGUCAGUCAUGCCUUCAAAGAGAAAUUCAUUGGUUCGGAGUUCCUGGCUGGGGUGGAGGCUCAGCUUGGUGGGGUUGUUGCUGCACAGUGUGAUGAAGAUGAGGGCGAAAUGAUGGUUGAGGUCGUCUGGGCGCAUACCACUGAAACAAUGUGUGUUGGAUUCAUGAGAGUUGAUGAGGACAAACCAGUGAGUAUUUUAUCAAGGCAGGAGAAAGACAAGGCAUCUUUUAUGAUGGAAGGGCGUUCAUUUCGAUGGCAGGCAGCUACAUCCUGACAAAGCCCAUACUUCUCUAGUUACCAAUUGAAUCUCGGGGACAGUGUCACAGUGCUCCCUGCUGUGACAACAAGAAGGAAGCUGAGGAGCUGAUACACCAGCCAUCAAAGAAAUUGGAAGAUUCUGCAAUGCUCACAGCCCAAAGGCCACGUUGGGAUAACAUUCAAGAAAGAGGAAGUAUUAUGUACUGGUAGUUUCAUUUCCUGUACAGUAUUAUGAUUAAUAAAUGA